UUGAAUACUCAAAACUUUGUUCGGCAGUUAGCAGGAAAAUUGAAUUUCUUUGUGUGAAUAAAAGUGCAAAAUAUUUUAAAUUUAAAUGCUUGAAUAAGAUAAUAAGAGUUUGAGUGAUAUUAUAAAGUGAAAAAUAAGCUAAAGUAUUUCGUAUAGGCUGGAAAAGCAUUCAUAUAUUGUAUUUAAAGGUUUAUUGUGAUUCAUGGUGAAUUUUUUCCUCAACAUAUUAGGACAGAAAUUUUAUGAAGUUUAUGAAUUCGCUGGACGAAUAAAAAUUCUGGAUUGAUUUUGAAUGUUGUACGCUUGGAAGCUAUAAAGUUUUAUUAAUUCAGGGAGAAAAUGAAAUAAAAAGAAUAACUACAUGAUGCUAACAUACUGAUUUAUAAUUGGAUUACAAUAUUUAAACUGUAGUUAAUGAACAAUUAAAAUAAUUGCACAAGAUUAAAACAAAAACAUUUAAUUUUAAAAACUUAACUUAACAAAGAUUUGCAAUAACUAUCUUCAAAAUGAAUAGCUUGGUGAGAGUUUUCAGUAAUUUCAAAGAUUUUUAUAGUGAAAUUAAUGGUGCUACUUUAACUGGUGCCAUUGACGUCAUUGUCGUUGAACAACCCGAUGGCGAGUUUUUAUGUUCCCCUUUUCAUGUCCGUUUCGGUAAGCUCGGGGUAUUAAGAAGUCGAGAGAAAAUUGUUGAUAUUGAAAUAAAUGGUGAACCAGUUGAUAUACAUAUGAAAUUAGGAGAGUCUGGGGAAGCUUUUUUUGUUGAAGAAUGUCCAGAGGAAGAAAUUGAAGAAUUACCAGAUAAUUUGGCAACGUCUCCUUUACCGAGUAAUGAUUUUACCAGUUUGGAUGACGUAAAAACUUUAAGUACUACUAGUGAUAUACCAUUGCCAAUGCCAAUGCCUAGGCGUAAUUCAAUUGACUUGUCAAAAGAUUGUAACGAAGAUAAAAAAGAUUUACUUUCUCUUGAAAAUCAGGUGUCUGACUAUAAGACUAGAAGGCAUACAGAUAACACUCUAGAACGCAGAGAAUUAAGUGCAAAACUUAAAGAGUUUACUACACAAAAAUUAAGACAAGAAUGGGCUGAACAUGAAGAACAACUAUUCCCAACUGAAGUUGGUGGAGAUGUUGUGAAGGAAUCCGACACAAAAAUAAUAAUCCAUUCAUCCGCCGAAGACAAAGGCAUUGACGAAAAUGAGUUGACUGAUUUAGCAAAUAAUAAUAAAUUUAAUAAAAUAGAAAACAAAAAUAAUACCAAAGAAAAACAAAUAAGAGAUGCUAAUAAAACUAGUAGCGAACCAAUUGCUAUUGAACAAAACAACAAAACACAGUAUCAACAAUAUGCUAAAGAUGAAUCAAAAUCAAAAAAGAAACGUCGUAAGAAGAGUCAAAUGAAGAAAAAAAAUUCACAAAGGAAAGAAUCAUUAAGCAGUUCAGUUGAAAAUACUGUAAGUCCGAUAAUUGCUAAUCCCAUAAAUACUCAACCGGUGGAAAUUGAAAUUGAACCAGACGCAACCUCAAAUAAUACUAGUGGCUCAUCAAACGAUGAGUCGUCUUCUCGUAAUGAGGAAGCAUCUAACAAAAGUUCUGAACUAAAAACAGCUACUGGUAAUGAUGUUACAAUGAUGGAUUCUUUAACGAUUUCUAACACGACCACAACUUCAAUUACAGCCGAUAAUAAAUUAAAUUCACCAAAUCGUUUACGUGAACUAGAUAUACAUUUCUUUAGUGAUACCGAAGUAGGAAAUUCGAAUUUCAGUCCAAGGGAUUCGAGGCCUUCAUCUCCAAUUCAAAGUGACACAGAAUUUGAAAUUUCACAGCAACGUGAAAAAGACAAAGAAAAUUCAAUUCCCCAAAACGCUUCGUGGAAAUGGGGUGAAUUACCUCAAACUCAAACGAAUGAGCAAAAAGAUGAACAACAAUCUCAAAGGAAUUCAAUGUUAAGCGGCAUGUUCAGUUUUAUGAAGAAAACUAAUAAAAUUCGGAAAUGUUCAACUGAUGGUGGAGUGUACUUGUCGGAAAUUGAUGCUGAAUCAAUGGAUCCUGAAAUGGCUGCACUAUAUUUUCCAUCAAUAAAUAAAAAUUUAUCGAUGAAUACAAAUGAGGAUGAUCAAGAAAGUGGUAAUGGUACAUCAUUACCACAUAGUCCAAGUUCAAUGGAAGGACCAAAGAGUUUAGAUUCAGAUUAUGAUGAAGGAAAACCUCUCGAUAAUAAAUAUAUAGACUUCGUUGCAUUAUCCGAUUGCGGUGGUAUAGAAAAAGGUGGACCAACUGAUGAAGAAUUUAAUAGAAAUUUGGUAAAAUAUUCCGAUGUAUGUCAAAAUCCUAGUCUAUUUUCCUCACCAAACUUAGUAGUACGUUUAAAUGGUAAAUACUACAACUGGACUGCUGCAUGCCCCAUCAUAAUGACAAUUAUAACAUUCAAGAAAGCGUUACCUAAUGAUGUUAUUGAACAAUUGAUGAAUAUUCCAAAAAAUAACAUUGAUGAGAAAAUCGAUCAAGCAAUGUCAGAAACGACAACACAAGAAACAAAACGUGGUUAUUCCUGGUGGUACUGGCGUAGAUCAGGUGCUGGCGUAGACAAGCCCCCAACUUUAAAGGAUGACGAACAUAAUAUUAAAAAUGAAGUUGAUUUAAAUGCAGUAGGUACGCAAACAUCUCGAACUAAUUCGCCAGAUGAGAACAAAUCAACAAAUAUAUUAAGUACAAGUGAAAAUUCUGAUCUCUUAAGGACAUAUAAUACUUCUAUCGACAGCAUUAAGGGUGAAAAGUAUAAAAAAAGUUUACGUUUAAGUUCUGAUGCUAUUAAACAAUUAAAUUUAAAACCUGGAGUAAACGAAAUAGAAUUUAGCGUUACAACUGCGUAUCAAGGAACUAGUCGUUGUAAAUGCUACCUAUUCCGUUGGAAACAUAAUGAUAAAGUCGUUAUUUCUGACAUUGAUGGCACAAUAACAAAAUCAGAUGUCCUUGGACACAUACUUCCAAUGGUUGGGAAGGAUUGGGCACAAAUCGGUGUAGCGCAAUUAUUUUCAAAAAUUGAAGAAAAUGGAUAUAAAUUAUUAUAUUUGUCCGCGCGUGCAAUUGGCCAAUCUCGUGUUACCCGAGAGUAUUUACGUUCAAUUAGACAAGGUGACGUACAGCUACCAGAUGGCCCUUUAUUGCUAAACCCAACGUCAUUAAUAUCAGCAUUUCAUCGUGAAGUUAUCGAACGUAAGCCAGAGCAAUUUAAAAUCGCUUGUUUAUCUGAUAUUCAAGCGCUCUUUCCUGAUAAAAAUCCAUUCUAUGCUGGUUAUGGAAAUAGAAUUAAUGAUGUUUGGGCCUAUCGAGCUGUUGGUAUACCAAUAAUGAGAAUAUUUACAAUAAAUACUAAAGGAGAGUUAAAACAUGAAUUAACUCAAACAUUCCAGUCCUCAUAUUGCAGUAUGACAUAUAUUGUAGAUCAACUAUUUCCUCCAAUACGAGAUGAUGAAGUAUCAGCCGAAUUUUCAAAUUUUAAUUAUUGGCGUGAACCAGUUCCUGAAAUUGAGUUAGAUACAGAUAUCAAUGAUUUAACUUUGUGUCGUACAGCUCCUAAUCGCUCCUCUCUCCCUACUAUAUCCGAGAAUUAAGCAAUGAUAAAAAAAAACAUUAAUUUGAUAAUUACAAAAAUAAGAUGGAUAAAAAUUUGUUCAUAAUUUAAAUAAAAAGUAGUCCAAACUUUUAUUUCAGUAUCAUUCGAAGAAAUUCCCUAUGGAAGAAAUCAAAGUUUGUUUUCCUUUUUUAAAUAUAUUUUUUAUUACUUAAAAACGCAUAUAAAAAUUAAAGAAUUGCUAUGAAAACAUACAUAAAACUGUAAAUUAAAAUAAAUUUUCUCAUAGCUUAAACAUAUUACAAUAUACCGUAAAUAAAACAAUUAUUAUUUAUUUAAAUAAUUUUCGAAAAAAUGUAACUUUAGUCUGAAAUAAAAUGUAGUAAGCCUUGUUAUGUCCUAAUAUUACUCAUUAUAUCUACUUAACCAGGUUAAAGUGCAUUGUUUCUCUAAUAUGUAAACCGAUGAAAAACUAAAUCUGAUAAAACCAACCAUUAUUUUUUUAAUUAGUUUGCUUUUAUCAUUAUUAAUUAAAAAAUAAAUAGAAUAUUACUUUUACUUAGCUAUAUAGAUAGAUGUUCACAGCAUUAUUAAAUUGUACCCAUGUACCCAUGUAGAAAACUUAAACAAAAUUAAAAAUUUCAUUAAGAAAUAAAUCAAAAAGAAUAUUAAUAUAGGUUUAAAGUUCUGUUUAAAAAAUAUAAAGUAAGCCAAUAAAAAAUCUGCUUUAUUUAAUUUAUUUGAUAUAAAUUCCGAUAAUUAAUGUGUUUCAGAAAUAUCAUAUUUAAAUUCUUUUUAAAAAGUAAAUAGCAAGUUUAACUUUGAAGAAAUUUGGCUCAAAUUUUGACCCAUUAUACACCAUUAAAUUUUAUUGAACCAAAAUAUUGACGCUUAGAGUCGUAAUUAGGAAUUAUUGCAUUUUGUGCACCGUGAAUUUUUAAAGUAUGUAUGUAAAAAAAUCAACCUUUGUUUUUUAAAUAUCAGUAUCUCAGUAUCGAUUAAUUUUAGUUAAAUUUGAAUUUUUUUUUGCAAUUUUAUCAUUUGUAGAAAAGGCAUAGCAAGUAUCACGAUGAGUUCAAUUUUUUCUCUUUGCCAAAAUUAAUAAAUAUACAUAUUUAUGCCUAACAAUUCCAAACAAAGAUUUAUCUUGUAAAAUUUAUUUCUAUACUAAAUACCUUUUAACUAUGCAUGCUUCUAGGACAUUCACAGAAACAAUAGCUUUUAAAAAUUUUUUUUACAUUUAAGUUUUCUGCUUCAUAGAUGAACGGUUCCCGUAAUUUUGAGGUAAAGUCUAUCAAAAAAAAUUUACCUCUAAAUUUAAAAUACAAAUUAAACUAAUAGAACUAAGCCCCACAUAUAUAUGUAUGUAUUCAAUUAAAAAUUCAUAAUCAGGAAUGUAAUAGAUAGAACAAUUAAAUGCAUAACUCUUAAAUAAGAGUUCUUUGUUUUACUUAAUAUCUAUUUAUUUGGAUAUCUCUCUGCAUUCUACGUACUUCCAUAAAAAAUAGAGGAGAUUAAAUAUUUCAUCUUUAUCAAAUAUAUAUAAGAUGUGAAGAAAAAUAUUGGCGCGAAGUGUUAGAAACAUAUAAACCUUAUAAUAAAAUUAGACUAAAUUCUGGAUCGAUGAUGAUAAACGGAAUGAAUUGAAGUAAUUUCAUGCGUAUAAAAAAGAAUAGCAAUCAUUGAAAUUUAUCAGCAAAAUAAUAUUAAAAUAUGCAGCUUAUUCUCUUAUUCACGAGUUAAAAAAAAAUGCCACAUGCAUAACCCUUAUUCGGAAAUUACUUGAAAUUUUAAAAUUAUAACUUAAUCAUGUACAAAAAGUAAUGCAUGUUAGUUAAUACCGUUUCUCGCGAAGAUACGAAUUGAAUAAACGGGUCAAAUGAAAAUAAUUACCAUUAUUUCUUAAAAUGGAAUACAUAAAUAGAAUUUAAAACCUUCGAGUAUCAAUUCCACUUAUGAACUUUUGGUUUAAAAUUACUUUUAUUUUUUUGAAAUUAAAAGAAAUCUUUGAAUGUCUUAUAGUUUUGCUGAAAUUUUUAGCAGAAUGCAUUUUUUUUGGAAUUAUUUUCAAAUUAUAUUACAAAUAAAUAUUAAAUACAUUAUACAGAAAUAUAUGUAUGUACUACGUUGUACUAUAAAAAUAAUUUAUUAAUAAAAAAAUACAUAAUGUAAUACUAUAUACUAUAUACAUAUAUAUGUAAUGCA